AUGCUUGUUAAACAAUUUCUCAAUGCUCGUGUUGUUUUUCGUACAUUCACUGAACCAAAAGGAAGCGUGAAAGUUGUGGAAAAUCAACCUUAUUCUAUUCGAGGUUACUUUAUACCUGCACAGAACACCGGCUAUCAGUUCAUUACAUAUAAUCCCAUCAGACAAUUUUAUGGAAUUUCACAGAACAACACAUUAGUUUCCCUUACACCACAAAACUUACUGAAUGCCAAAGCUUUUCGACGUUUCUAUGCAAACAAAAAAGCAGUGCUGGAGGCAAAUGAUUUAAGUGUUCAUCCAACACUCUCUGCACCAUGUGUUAAUGUUCUCGUUCAGGAUCUCUCAAUGUAUCGCUGCGAGGUUUCUUGUGAUGAUAAAAAUAAGUUGACUUUGUGAUGGAUGAACUUUAUUUUGUUUUUUAUUAUAAGUUUGUCAAGAAUAAUUUUUAUAAGCUCUUAUUUUUAUCGAAACAUUUAUCUUUGUUAGAGUGUUAUGGUGUAGAACUGAGUGAUUUAUUUCAUUAAAUAUUUUUUUUCUAUGUUCAAAUGAUUGCAAAAAAUUCAACUUAAAGUCAAAAAAAUGUUUUUUCAUAAAUUUUCUCUUAAAUCAUUUC